AUGUCUCCCAAGACGGCCUCCUCUUCGCCAGCCUCGACCACCAGCGAGGGGGAACCGCUCUCGUCAGGCAUCUCCGACGAUGACGCCUCCUUCGCCUCGUCUUCCUGUUCGCUGGGCGCCGGCGGCAGCCUGCCUUCGUCUCCUAGCCCCUGUCUGCUCCUGGUCGAGGUGGGCGCGGGGGCGGCGCGCGGCGGCCCGGCGAAAGCGCGUCGGGGCCGAGGGCCGGGCAAGGGCGAAGGGCUGGGCCCGACCAAGGCGAAGCGGAGCCGGCGCAUGAAGGCCAACGACCGGGAGCGCAACCGGAUGCACAACCUGAACUCGGCGCUGGACGCGCUGCGAGGUGUCUUGCCCACCUUCCCCGACGACGCCAAGCUGACCAAGAUCGAGACGCUGCGCUUCGCGCACAACUACAUCUGGGCGCUCACCGAGACCCUCCGCCUGGCCGACCAGAACUUGGCCGCCGCGGGCCCGGGCCAAGAAGUUGGCCCCGCUUUCCAGCAGCUGGGCGCCGGCUCCGACAGCCUGGCUGCCUGGCCCACUUGCUGCCAGUGGGACUCCGCCUCGCUGGACUCGCCCGGCUCGCAAGAGGGCAGCCUCAGUCCCACGGACUCCUUCCAGGCGCCCGGCGGGGCCACUCUCCGCCUCAGGCGCCCCCCGGAGCGCGCGGUCUUCCCGGACUUUGUCUGA